UCCAUGAACUAUAUGAUCAUAUGAUGAUGAAUUUUUUUACAGAUACAUGGACCCAAAAUGAUGAAGCCUACUGAUUUUGGUGAUUCUAUAGCUUUUCCUUUGGCACCAUUAUGAGUUUGACAUUUGGGUCUUUUAGUGAAAUAUCUCAAAAGCUAUUGGAUGGAUUGUCAUGAAAUUUGAUACAGAUAACCAUGUUGCCCAGAGGAUGCAAUAUAAUGACUUUUCAUUUAGCACUAUAAUCAAAUCCCAUUUUUAACUUAUGGGCAGAGGACUUUGAGAAGAGGGUUAGCAGGUUGCUAUGGAAGUGGCAGGGACUACCAUGGAGUCUGAGCAGCGUUUCCCUAUACAAGCAGAACAACAAGCAGAAGCUCCCCUCAGCAGCCUGAAUUCAUGGUGACCCGUACUAGGGAGGUUCUGCAAUACUGAGAGUCCUGCGACCCAAAAGUUUCUCAGGCUGGCAUUGAGGUCAGGACAGGAUGGAAGUGGAGGGCAGCAGAGGCCGUGGAUGUCGCUGAGUCACAGCUAAGGCACAGGGUGCUGAUGGGCUCAGUGUCUCAUGGAAGGGCUGGCCUGGGUAGCAGCCUACCACUUCACUGCAAAAAGGUGCAGGAAAAGGACGAGGUCGUGGAUCUAGGAUGAGGUGCAAGCAUCAGUUGAGGAGGAGCGAGCCAGCAGGAUGGUUGGAAUGCAGCAGCAGGGAGCCUGGACAAGAUGGAAGCAAGCGGUGGAGUUCAAAGAUACUGAAGUGAUGUAAUCAAGUUUGCAUCAAGGUGGCUGUGGAUCAGGAGAGGAGAGGGGUGGAUGGAGUAAACUACCUGGACACAAGCUUGGGCUUGGUCAGCCCCAACUGGCUCGCCUGGUCGAGGGUUUCUGAUUGUUGAAAGACUCAAAACACCCAAUGACCCCAGGUAACAUCACUGAUGAUGUAUCCAGGUGCAUCACAAGAUGCAGUGAAACAUCUCAACAUCUACUUGAUGGAAUGCAGGCAGUUCUACAAAAUAAUUGGUGACAAACCUGCAAGAUAAUGAUGACAAUGAAAAGCUUUUUGGACAAAAGUCAUGUGAAAACAUGAUCUUGUGUCAGUGGCACGUUACAAUUAAAGCGAGAGCUCACAACAUGGAUUUAUAGUACAGCAGAAGGUGUGCAUUCCUGAAGAAAAAGAUGGCAUGAGUUUUCAUUAGUGAAGCUCUAUGUGUAGGCCACAUGGAGGUAGAGAGUCAUGGUGACACUGGUGGACUUUCCUGCCCCUGUGGAGCCGCUGUCAGCUGCUGGAGAGCUAAAGAUGCCCUUCUCAGACACAAUCAAGUACUGCAUCCUGGGCAUCUCCAUCACACUUCUUCUGCUGGCGUUGGGCAUUUUGGCCUGGCAGGCCUUCAGAUGCUGCACACAGAAGCACACUGCAUACACUCAGCAAGAUACAGUGAAUAGUGAACCGCUGUACUCAGCUGGCAGGUCCACAACAGCAAGACACUACUCAGGAUCUCCAAGUACUAAGGUAGUGGAUGUCGGUAUGGAGGUCUGCAGGCUGAGCCGCUGUUUGUCUCAGGCCUCGUUUCCCUCCUCAGAAUCAAUCCUGGCAGAUGGGGACAUGGGGGAGCAGGCCAAUAUUAGAAAGGUCGAUGGAUCGAUACGAUUCUCCGUCUACUAUGACCGGCUGCAGUCCCUUCUGGUGGUCACCGUCUUGGAGGCGGAGGGGCUACUGGAACAAAGCCAGAUCCGCAGCCUCCAGCCAUUUGUCAAGCUAAGACUCAUGUGGGCAGGAUCAAACAGUGGGGAAGUGGAGAGCAGUACGGAUGAGGAGGGUGAAGGGAUGCCGCCUGUGAUGUGGACAGUGCUGCAGGAGUGGCAGACGCGAAUUGUGAAAGGCACCUGUAACCCUUUGUUUGGAGACCAGUUCAGCUGUGUUCUGUGCGAGGAUAAGGAGCUUCAUCACAUCAACCUCAGGAUGGAGGUGAGGGACUUUGAUAAAUUCUCCAGACACACAGUGUUGGGAGAGGUGAGGGUUCCUAUAGGGCACCUCAACAUCUCCUACCCUCUGGAGCUACAAGAAGAUCUGCAGACACCCCAGAAGGAUCUUGUAGGAGAAGUGCUUCUGUCAUUGAAGUUUCUUCCCACUUCUCAGAGGCUUGAGGUUGGACUGCUAAAGGUCAGAACGGUCCUCACUGACAUACGCUCAGAUGCAGCCAUGUAUGCCAGGAUCAGCGUGCAGUGCAACCAGUGCAAGUUGAGGUACCAGAAAACCUCUGCAGUGGCCCGCUGCAUGAUGACUGUCUUCAAUGAGGUUGUCAUGUUCUCCUUGCCAGAGGUUCCUCUGGAACAGUGUAAAAUUUUGGUUUCUGUAUAUGAGACUAUAACGACUAUGAAAUCAGCCAAGCGUCUGAUUGGACAGUUGACUGUGGGUAAGGAGAAGAGUUUGGAAGACAAGCACUGGAGCCUGAUGAUGCGCUCAGUCCGUCAGCCAAUAGCAAAGUGGCAUGGCCUGUUCAUUUGAGUUACAUCUCAUAAAGCCCCUCUCCUGCACUUCCUGGAUGCGCAUACCUGCUUGUAUUUAACUGAAAGCUGUGGUGCUUGUCUGUCAGGCUGUUGAGAGAUCUGCACCUGCUUACCUGCAGGUCAAACAUGGACUCAUCUCCUUCCUGACUUCAUAGUGGUCGACAGAUCUUUCUGUGUUUAGGACAGUGGCGUGACUGCCCAACUGAAACCUUAGCUCACUCAGUUUACUUAUUCAUUCACAUAUCUUUUACCAUUCUUUUUUAGCUCCAAAUCUCAUCAUAUUGAAAGGGCUCUAUGGAUCUGACCUUUGCACUCCUUCUAUCUAAAGGAGUUUGACUUAGUGUUGCACUUACUAUACUGCACUCUGAAUAACUGUAUUGUUUGUGUUACGUUUAUAUUUAUCUUCAAACUGUGCUCUACUCUGCAUUAUUAAAUCUGUAUAUCACAACUCUGAAUGUUCAGUAAAUUUAACAAUUUACCAUAAAUAAGAGUUCAACAAAACACAAUAUAAAUUGCUUAUACUGAGCAACAUACAUACACACACAUAUAUAUACACACCAGGGUAGUUGGUAACUAGUCCCUCUUCUCCAGGGACACCCUGUUCACAUUUAUACAGUUAAACACAUUAACAACUGAUGUUUAUGUAUGAAGUGAUAAGGUGUUUCGCUUUUAGACUCUCCAAUGGAUGUACCACAGUAACCUGCAUUGAUUUAAU